UUUUCAUAUUAACGACCUUCACCUUUACAAAUGAAAUGGGGAAAUCGAGAUGAGACACUGUCAGUAUGAGAAAUCGAAGUAAUUCGGGUGUCCGUUUGGAUUAUUACCAAAGAUUACUAAACAAAACCAUUCUUAAGUUUCAGAAUCCUGUGACAGGAUUACUACCUUCUAGUGAAGAGAACAGCCAUGCCUGGGUACGGGACAAUGUGUAUGCUAUUCUGUCAGUAUGGGCGUUGGCUCUGGCUUACAGAAAAACAGCUGAUCUGGAUGAAGAUAGGGCCAAAGCAUAUGAACUUGAACAGUCUGUGGUGAAGCUGAUGAGAGGACUGUUACGCUGUAUGAUGGCUCAGGUGGAGAAGCUGGAGAAGUUUAAGUAUUCACAGCAUGUAGAUGAUUCCCUCCACGCCAAGUACUGCAGUAAGACUGGGAAGACAGUUGUCGGUGACCAUGCCUGGGGGCAUUUACAAAUAGAUGCCACCUCUAUUUAUAUACUGUCCCUAGCUCAGAUGACAGCCUCAGGUCUUCAGAUUAUUUUCACCCUUGAUGAAGUGUCUUUUGUACAGAAUCUGAUAUUCUACAUCGAAACAGCCUACAGAACACCAGAUUAUGGUAUCUGGGAGAGGGGGGAUAAAACAAAUCAUGGACUUCCAGAGCUUAACUCCAGCUCCAUUGGAAUGGCAAAGGCAGCUUUGGAAGCAAUAGAUGAACUAGAUCUGUUUGGUGCCAGAGGUGGGCCCUUGUCCAUUGUCCAUGUGUUACCAGAUGAAGCACAGCAGUGUCAGGCUAUACUUCAUUCCAUGCUUCCCAGAGAGUCCAACUCUAAAGAGAUAGAUGCUGCUUUAUUGACUGUGAUCAGCUACCCUGCUUUUGCUGUGGAUGAUGGAGAAAAGGUGGAAGAAACUAGGGAGACCAUUGUGUCUAAACUGGAGGGCAAAUAUGGUUUCUGUCGAUUUCUGCGAGACGGCUAUAAAACAGCUCGAGAGGAUCGUAAUCGUCUUCAUUAUGAGCCGUGGGAGCUGCAGGUGUUUGAGAGGAUAGAGUGUCAGUGGCCCAUGUUCUUUGCUUUGUCUGUUUUGGACGGUUUGUUCAACGGCAGAGAAGAACAGGUGAAGAAAUAUUCAGAGAAAUUGGAUUCAGUGAUGUUGAAGACAGAUGAGGGAAUUUAUGUUAUACCGGAACUGUAUGCUGUUCUUAAAGAUAAGGUGGAGCAAGAAUAUAAAGAACCAAACAGCCAAGAGAGAGAACCACUGGGGAAAAUGCCUCACAAAUGGGGGCAGUCAUUGUAUAUCAUCAGUAAAUUGGUUCAAGAGGGUUUUUUAUCUCCUGGAGAGCUGGAUCCUGUCAAUCGUCGAUUGGUUUCUGAACCCAAACCAGACAUUGUUGUACAAGUGGUAAUAUUGGCUGAAGAUGACUACAUCCAGUCUAAGCUGUUAGAACAUGACAUCAAGGUGCAGACAAUGUCAGAAGUGACCCCAUUACAAGUGUUCCCAGCAAGAGUUCUUACUCAGAUCUACUCCCUACUGGGUAGAAACAAGAAACUAGGUUUGACUGGACGCCCCAAGAAUGAAAUAGGUCUGCUGGCCACCAGCAAGUUGUAUAGUUUUCAUGAUCAAAUCUUCGCAUUUAUUCCACAGUUCAUGGAUGAUCAGCAAUUCUACUUCCAACAAGACGUAAUAUUAUUAUUUGACAUAUUCCGUAACGAGUUAUCAUAUCUCAAAAACAGUUGGAGUGGAUUAGGUCGCCCAACGGUUGCCAUCUCAAUCAGUAGCUCUGUACUCGAUGUUGGUCUUAAUCCACCAGCUGCCCUGAUAGGGACAAUCAAAAAGUUACAAAGUGGAUACAUUGCUGGAACGAGGGUCCACCUGGGAAAUUUAGAUGAAUUUGUGACCACAUCCUGCAUUACGAAACUUAGUUUUCUCAGGGAUCCUUCUCACAGUGAGGAAGUGAAGAACUUGAUUGGUGACAUUUUCAAUAAAGCUCCUGACACAAGGCCACGUCUCUUGUCUUCAACCAGAAUACGGGUCAGAUCUCACUCUAAAUCGUCGGUCCACGGCAUUGUCCGGAGAUCCAGGUCAAUCCAAGUAGAUCCAGACCAGGCACAAGCUUUACAACAGUCCCUGAAGAAAUUAGAGAGAGGAAUUGCUAUCCCAGAUAGAAGAGGAGCCGACCAAUCACAUACUGGUAUGUCUAAAAGUGGAAGUACGCCAGGAAUUCUGGAUGAUUCACUGGCGAGACCCAUGUCUCCCAGUCUCCACCUGAAGGGGAGUCUACACCCCCUACAUUACAGUCACCACGCCCCCUCCUCAUCCCCACAACUCUCCCAUUUCUUCCACGGCCCGGGGAGCUACCCCCCAGGGAAGCAGGAGAGGAUCAACAUUGACGACCUAGUGGAUCAGCUUAAUAACACUGAAGUAUUACAUGAACAGGCAGAUAUCAUCCAUUAUCUGUAUCUUCACAGGGGUCCUAAUUUUGAGAUCAAAAUUGAUGAAAAGCCAUGUUGUAUCAAGGAAUUAUUGGUGGAACUUUAUGAAAAGGCUGGUCAUUGGAAACACUGGGGUCUGGUCAGACAUACAGCUGGUAUGCUUAGGAAGAGGGUGGAGGAGCUAGCUCUGGCAGCGACAGAUCUCUUAGUUCGACAGAAGCAGUUAUCAGUGGGUCUCCCUCCAGACAGAGAACGGGUCAUUAUGCGACCGCUGCCUCCAGAUGACCUGGCCAGUAUUAUUUUUGAUGCUUGUGGGGAGGAUCUCAGUACUGCGUCCCUAACACAGGAGCUGUUGAUUUAUCUUGCCAUGUUUAUCCGUACAGAACCAAAACUGUUCAAUGAAAUGUUGAGGCUAAGGGUGGGUCUCAUCAUUCAAGUUAUGGCAUCAGAGCUUGCUAGAACUCUCAAGUGUACAGGUGAUGAAGCAUCCGAACACUUAUUGAAUCUCAGUCCUUACGAAAUGAAAACCCUACUUCAUCACAUUCUGAGUGGAAAAGAGUUUGUCAUCAAUACAGUGGAGGUUGAACACAGGCAUGAUCCCUUUGAGCACACUAAUGUAGAAGAAGAGUGCAGGUUAUCAGUUACAACGAAGAAUGUCGGAGACGAAGCCACAGAAUUUGCCAAACUAAGUAGAAAACCACAUUUAAAGAUGCAGAAAAGUAUGCCUCACCUUGACCCCCAUUCUCUGGAGAAGGAGGAUGACGUGGAGUCAGACAGACAGGGUCAGUGGCUUCGUCGGCGCCGCCUGGACGGUGCUCUAAACAGAGUUCCUGUUGGAUUCUAUCCAAGGGUUUGGAAAGUUCUCAAAAUGUGCCAUGGACUUGUCAUUGAAGGACAUCAUAUACCACACAGUCUGACCAGAGAGAUGACCCCUGGAGAGUUUAAGUUUGCAUUACACGUGGAGAUGGUGCUAAAUAAGAUCCCCCAGCCUGAGUAUAGACAGCUGAUGGUGGAGGCUCUGAUGAUUCUCACUAUGAUGACAGAGAAUGAGAACAGUAAACUCUACUUCAACCAGCUGAUUCAGGUGGAUAAGAUCGUCCAUGUGGCUAAUGGCAUCUUUAUUAAAGAACAGAAUAUCCCCGAUGAUAUGGUAGAAGUUUCAAAGGGAGCGGCCGGGAUCUGCCUCCAUUUCUACGACACUGCCCCUAGCGGUCGAUACGGGACUAUGUCUUACUUGUGCAGGGCUCUGGCGGCUAUUCUACCACUCCCUACGGAUGUGGAUGCUAACCUGGAUUGUAGUCUUUCAUGAUCUGUUGAAUCGGAUCAGACACUUUGUGUUGUUUAUCAGUCCAAAGAGUUUUUGCGGAUUGCUUGAAGAGUUCUCUUACAGGGUUUUUAUGUACAUUUAGAAAUCCUGUAAUUUACAAAGAAUUGAAUGAAAUCCACUUCCCCUUAGUCUUAACCAGACUGUUGUAUGAUACAUAGUCCUUCAUACAUGUGGGACAUGGUACUUAGCCCCACGUACCCGUGGAACACCAGAUUUUGCCAAAGCUUUUAAAUGCAUACGUGUACAGCUUCAUUGUCUCAUACAU